UGAAAACGAAUCCAUAUUGAUUAUCCAGUAUGGAGGAUUUACAAUGACAAAUGCCGACCUAACCUCACGGUAAUGUGGCGAUAACACCUAUGAGUGUGCACUUUCAAAAUUUCCGAGUGACCUGUCAUCAUAGCGGAUUUCCGAGAUAAAUUUUCAGUAUUACGAUGUGCAACGUGGAACUUUUAUUGCGAGGGUGCUGAUUAUACGUCAUGAACGCUGGAGAGGAGGAUGUACCUGUGCUACAGUCAACCCCUGGACCAUCUGUAAAGAAACUAAACUCUCCGGAGCAACAGCUUUCCAAAGCUAAAAACCAUGUAGGAAUGUUGGAAGAUACGAAACCAAUGAUGGAAAAAGGCUCCGAUGCGUUGAAUGGAACUGUCUUGGGAAGAUCCGAUGGUGCAAGAGCGUGGAAGGAUGGAGUGGUGCCCACUAUACCCGUUUUGUUCGAUCAGGGUAUGCUAGAUAAACAAAAUGGUAUAUUGUCACAUGAAAUUGAUAGUAAUUCACCAGUCGAUGAUUCUGACGAUGUAGAAGAACAUACGAGCAUGGAGCGUUUAAAAAUCAGCGUUGUGCGAGGGAGUAUCAUCAAGCCAGACCUUACCUUGGGGGAAUUAAAGCUCCUAGGAUGCAGUAGCGAAGGAUUUGUUAAUGAUGAUAUAAGAAGGGUUCUGUGGCCGAGAGUCUUGGGAUUACCGGAGGAAGUACCACCACCAGUACAAGGUCUAGAGACAAUUCACACGCAGAUUCCACAUGCGACAUACCACCAAAUUCUAAAUGAUGUAGCACGCAGUGGAAGCCAUAUAUCUUCAGAUGCUUCAGAGGAAGAAAUUAAAAGGUUUCAAAAUGAAAUGAUAAUGGUAAUAUGCUGGGUUCUGCAACGACAUCCUCAAUUAAAUUACUAUCAGGGCUACAAUGAUAUAGCAGCAACGAUACUCAUAGUCAUGGGUCUGCAAAGAGCUUUACAUGUUUUAGAAAGAAUUACUCUAAACUUCUUGGAACGCUUCAUGGAGAAGACCAUGGAAAAAGUAAAUCAGGAACUGUUUUAUAUAUUUGCAUUACUGGAGAGAGUACACCCUACUCUCUUGGAACAUUUGGAGAAUGUAGAAUUGUUCCCUCACUUCGCCCUGGCUGAGUAUACUACAUGGUACGCGCACAAAUUUGCAGAGAACCGAAAAUUACUGCACAGGCUCUUUGAUUAUUUCUUAGGGAGUCCAUCUUUAAUGCCGUUGUACCUAAGCACAGUAAUUGUAGCACACAGAGAUACAGAAAUAUUCAGCACUACUCCAGACAUGGGACACACUCACAAAGUGCUCUGUACCCUACCCGAUGAUCUACCCUUUGAAAAUCUACUGCACGCUGCUACAAAGCUGUAUCGAGAAUACCCACCGGAAUCUAUUAGUACCGAUGUUACUGAUUAUGACAACAAAAGACGAAGCAAAGAGGAGGAAUGGAAAGCAAAGGCAGAAGCUAGUCGAAAAGAGCGAGAAAAGCAAAGGCAACUUCAAGUUGCCCUUCCUAGGCGGAUACCUUAUCGAAUUAGAAAUUACAAAACCAUCACCGUUGUCACAAUUCUUGCCUUGGGACUAUAUGCCUUUCUAAAAACAUCCUCGGCACUCAACUGACAUUAACUGAACUUGCCUUAUUUCAUGAGGAUUUUGUAUCAGUUUCCAUACACACGCAUUGAAUCCCUGGGAAGGAUUCAUGUGAACGUUUGAUGAUUAUGCAAGUGGGAUUCGUUGCGAUACCUGAAAAUCGCUGAAAUGAAGGGGGAACUGCAGAAGAGUACACAAUGGAAUAUUUUUAAAUUUGCUUGGCAGUGCGCCCAGGUGGCAAUAAGUGUUGCCGAAUCUUUUUACUGAGGUUUUUCGAGCAUUCCUGCACUGCCUUUGUGCUGUGUUCUAUGUGGGUUGAGACUCGCCGAAGUUCCACACAGAUUCACUUUACUCACGACCGAGAUUGUCAUCAAUGAACAUUUUCUGAUGGUGGUGAUGACAGUUCUAAGGAAAAAACCAUAGUCUCUCCAGAGGAGAUUGUUAUCAAGUAUAGCAAAUUGACUGUCUAUGCUAUGGAGUGGAGUACUCGGCGAACCCUGCUCCUGAUAAUUGUAGUUUCAACUAUCACUGCACCUCAUAUACAUCUGAGGCUAACAAACUUAUUUAUUAUUAAUUGCAAGUUAUAUAGGCUGUAUGUAAAGUAGAAGGAUAUAUCGAUCAUUAAUAAAAAAAAAGUUUAAUUUUU